GAGGUCAAAGGACACCUCUUGCUUGGAUAAGUGCGACCGUAGUAAAUCAACCAUCCGAGUCGUCCGCGAGUAGGCGUAGACCCUUCUACUUCUCCCUCAGCACGCCUACGGCUUCCUGGACGGCAAACCAGUUCCAAAUAUUCUCCAGGUUUGGGCACAGGGUAUGCAGAAACAGGGCAACCUGGCGAAGGCCGACGAUAUUCGCACCAUGAAGGAAGUCCUCAAGGAUGAGGCUGAAGUUCCCGGGCUGCCACUUGGGGUCGCGCAAGCUCCAGCCAAUCGCUCUGACAAGACGAGAGCGAGCAAAUACGAGUUCCCAAUCCUGGCGAGCAAGUAAUGACACGCACCAUGAUUCGUUCACGGCCAGCCUUGGGACUGAUAGUCCGCGAGUCUUCAGUUAACAGUCGCGGCAGCGGCGCCGGGGAGGGAAGAUCACUCUAGAGCAAAUCAUUCGCCAUGGCCGUCCGUGCCUUGGACACGAGUGACAACGAGUGAAGCGUGCGCGCAUCGACUCUUCCACCGAUG